AUGCCGUUACGAUCAUCGCUUGAAAUACCUAGAACCUUUCUAUGUUUGAAAUUCCUUACUAUUGUUGCUGGCUGGACGGUUUUCAUAUUUAUAAGUAUCAAUGAGUACGUCCCAGCAAAAGCAUCUUACGCCAAACUCAAAAAAAUGUUUAGUCUCGUUGACCCAUACAUACUACCGCCCGGUCAAGAAAUAACGCAGUUAGAAAAUUUUACGGAUUGCGCCUGCCCUAGAGUUUUCUGGCCUGCCUGUGGCGAAAACAAUGAAACAUAUUACAACGCCUGCGUUUUAAAAUGUAUUAAAGAAACGGCUUUGCGGAGACUUGGUCCUUGUUUCACGUACAGAAGAACAAACACUCUUAUACUAGACAUGAGAAUUCCUAAUAGAUGGAAACUUAACACUUCUAAUGUGACCUUAAAUUCUGAAGAAGAAUUGGAGAGCGUUCUAAUGUCAGUCCCAAGUACUUACAGUGAAGAUGAUGAUAAUGUUAUUGAUAUUGAUGAUAGUAGUGAUCUGUAA